UGAUAAGAGAGGUUGGCUAAUGACCUUACAGCUUCCUCGUUGUAUAACAGCUCAAAUUGAUUCAAGCAACAUUACUCCCACGUCUUUCAAGUUUCCGUCGUUGCGAAAUCAGUUCAUUUGCCUUCCCUUGUUCAACCUCCAUCACUUCACGAGCCUCAAAGUCCAUGUCAUUCAUCGUUCCAAUGCCUCCUUCACCAGCAGUUGGAGAAUUUGCAAAGGCUCCUCCCAAUGCCAGCAGAAGUCCAUGCCCCGUCGUGAAUGCUCUUGCAAACCAUGGCUAUCUUGAGCGCAGCGGACGUGGCAUUUUCAUGGAUGAUCUCAACGCCUCAAUGAAACACGUCGGCAUGAGUCCUCUCCUCGGCUCUGUCUUUGCCAUUCCCACCUACUUUGAGUACCAAAACCCAGCCAAAGCAUACAUGAAAAAGCCUGUUGGCACAUGGCAGAGGAUUUGGUCCCUCAUCAAAAAUCCCUACUCCUUCUUCGACUAUUUCGGUUGCUGGAAUGCGAAACAGAUUAGUGAUGGAAAGAAGUAUCUCAAUCUUGUUGACCUUGCUUCUCACGGUGCUAUUGAGCAUGACAUCUCCCUGUCAAGACGAGACAUUGCUCAGAAGCAAGGAAACAAUGAUCCUCAACAAGACUUGAUCGAAGAAAUGUUGGACUAUUCUUUUGAUGGUGAAACUCUCACCAUUGAAGACCUUGCCCGGUUCAUCAAAGCCCGCAUCUCACGUCAACUGGAGGAUAAUCCAGAGUUGGUUUAUGGACCAGCUGAACAUCAGGUCAACUGCGGCCAAAUCGCACUGAUGAUGGGCUGUUUUGGAGAUGGAAAGACGAUUCCCGUCAAGUAUGUCAAAGCUAUCUUUGAAGACGAGAGACUGCCCAUUGAGGAAGGCUGGAAGAGGAGAUCAUGGUGGACAAUGGGUCUUGUCGAGUUCUUUGGUGCUGUCAAGAAGUUGGUCAAUGCUGUUGGCGUGGAGUUCUAGCUAUCAUGUAAUUGAUCGUAUUAUUAAUUUUACAAUUGAGCUCACGUGCAACCG